AUGCCAUCAGCUUUUAUUGCCUUAUCAAAAUAUCUUGGAUUUGCGAACUCUUCUGCCGGUCUAAUUGAUAACUAUUUGAACAGUCGAUCCCAAUGUGUUAUUCUGGAUAAUCAGCCUUCAGAUCGUCUUGGAGUUUUUGCAGGAGAGGAGAGGAGCUGGGGAGAAGAGGAGUGGAGGUGGUGGAAAAGGGGAAAAGGAGGAUGUGGGAGGUGGGGCGGGCAGGAGGAGGAAGGGAUAAGUGGGGACGAGGACGAGGAAGAGGACGAUGACGAUGACGAUGACGAGGACGAGGACGAAGACGAGGAAGAGAAAGAGGAAGAUGUAGAGAAAGAGAAAGUGGAAAAGGAAGAGGAAGAGAAAGAGGAAAAGAUGAAGGAAGAGGAAGACGAAGAAAAAGAUAUUGAGGAAAACGAAGAGGAGGAAGAGGAAGAGGAAAAGAAAGAGGAAGAGGCAGAGAAAAAGGAAAAGGAAUAG